AUGGCGACGGCCGCGGCGGCGCUCUCGGGCGCGGGGCCCCCUCCCGCAGGCGGCGGGCCCGGGGGCGGCGGGUCCCCGGCGGGCGGCUGGGCCGUGGCGCGGCUCGAGGGCCGCGAGUUCGAGUACCUGAUGAAGAAGCGUUCGGUGACCAUCGGGCGCAACUCGUCGCAGGGCUCGGUGGACGUGAGCAUGGGCCACUCGAGCUUCAUCUCCCGGCGCCACCUCGAGAUCUUCACGCCCCCGGGCGGCGGCGGCCAUGGCGGGGCUACCCCGGAGCCGCCCGCGCAGCCCCGGCCCGACGCCGGCGACUUUUACUUGCGCUGCCUCGGCAAGAACGGCGUGUUCGUGGACGGCGUGUUCCAGCGGCGCGGGGCGCCCCCGCUGCAGCUGCCGCGCGUGUGCACAUUCAGGUUUCCGAGCACAAACAUCAAGAUCACGUUCACUGCCCUGUCCAGUGAGAAGAGGGAGCAGCAGGAGGCACCCGCGUCCCCGGUGAAGCCCGUGCAGCCACACAUCUCACCCCUGACCAUCAACAUUCCAGACACCAUGGCCCACCUCAUCAGCCCCCUGCCCUCCCCGACGGGAACCAUCAGUGCUGCAAAUUCCUGCCCAUCUAGUCCCCGGGGAGCGGGGUCUUCAGGGUACAAAAUGGGCCGUGUGAUACCAUCUGACCUCAAUUUAAUGGCUGACAACUCACAGCCAGAAAACGAAAAGGAAGCUUCAGGUGGAGACAGCCCAAAGGACGAUUCAAAGCCACCUUAUUCCUACGCACAGUUAAUAGUGCAAGCAAUUACAAUGGCUCCCGACAAGCAGCUCACUCUCAAUGGGAUUUACACGCACAUCACUAAGAAUUAUCCCUACUACAGGACUGCGGACAAGGGCUGGCAGAAUUCAAUUCGCCACAAUCUCUCUCUGAAUCGUUAUUUCAUCAAAGUACCACGUUCCCAGGAAGAACCAGGCAAAGGCUCAUUCUGGAGGAUAGACCCUGCUUCUGAAAGCAAAUUAAUAGAGCAGGCUUUUAGGAAAAGACGGCCUAGGGGCGUGCCUUGCUUUAGAACCCCUCUGGGACCGCUCUCUUCUAGGAGUGCCCCGGCCUCUCCCAAUCAUGCUGGAGUGCUGUCUGCUCACUCCAGUGGUGCCCAGACCCCUGAGAGCCUGUCAAGGGAAGGUUCACCGGCCCCCCUGGAGCCUGAGCCCGGUGCCUCACAGCCCAAACUCGCCGUCAUCCAGGAAGCCCGGUUUGCCCAGAGUGCACCAGGAUCACCUCUGUCGAGUCAGCCAGUCCUGAUCACCGUCCAGCGGCAGCUACCACAGACAAUGAAGCCUGUCACCUACACUGUGGCCACCCCUGUGACCACCUCAACUUCCCAGGCGCCUGUCGUGCAAACGGUCCACGUUGUCCACCAGAUACCAGCAGUGUCAGUCACCAGUGUGGCUGGACUGGCCCCAGCAAACACAUACACUGUUGCUGGACAAGCCAUGGUCACUCAGGCGGCUGUCCUGGCCCCUCCUAAGGCAGAGCCACAAGAGAAUGGAGACCAUCGAGAAGUGAGAGUGAAGGUAGAACCUAUCCCCGCGAUGAGCCACGCUGCGCUGGGCACCGCUAGCCGCAUCAUUCAGACGUCACAGACCACUCCUGUGCAGACGGUCACCAUAGUACAGCAGGCACCUCUAGGUCAACACCAGCUACCAAUAAAAACUGUCACACAAAACGGCACACACGUGGUCCCCAUGCCUGCUACUGCAGUCCACGGCCAGGUGAACAAUGCAGCGGCAAGUCCUUUACACAUGCUGGCCACCCAUGCAUCGGCGUCAGCGUCCCUGCCCACAAAGCGUCAGAACGGUGACCAGUCAGAGCAGCCAGAGCUGAAGCGGGUCAAGACAGAAGAUGGUGAAAGCAUCGUCAUCGCCCUGAGUGUGGACACUCCUCCAGCAGCAGGGAGGGAAAAGGGCGUCCAGAACUAGCGAUGGGCAGAGCUUUCCUCACUUAAAAACAUCAACUUUGUGGUGCCAAAAGGAGACAUUGCCUCUCACCGAUCCUCAGAGUGUGUCCUCUCUUCGGUGGGUAAAGGGCCCUGCGGUUGGACUUCAUCUCUCAGCACUGAAAACACAAAACCCAGGUGGCCUUAAAACUCCUUAAUUUAAAGACAAAAGUCACACUUGAACAAAAACCACACACAGCAAAACCUGGUUCCAGAGACAGCAUCUCCCCUGCCGAGCACUCGCCGGCUGCCGCCUUUAGGCUGAGCUUUUUAACUGCGAGCAGAAAUUCAUGGUCCUUCCUCGAGGACUGAGCAUCUCCAUCUGAGGAUAGCGUGGCCAGCACCUGGUGCAAGCGGAGCCCCCGGGACUGGGCCUCCUGGAGGGGACAGGGCAGGAGCCGCCCUGGCUUCCCCACGGGACCCGCUGGCUGGCAGUGGGAGGCAAGACAGUAUUUCGUUGUACACAUGUGGAUUUAGAAUAUUUUGAGGUGUACUUUCUUUACAGAAUGAUGGGGUCUUUGACAUUUCACAUCACUCCAUUUCUACUCUGGAAAUUUUGGAAUCACACAGGACCUUUCAUGUGGAUUUCAUUUGGGGAGAAGAAACAACCUAGUUUUGUUCGUUUUUGUUGUUUGUUUUCAGCCUACGGAAUGAUUUGCUUUUGUCUGUCCUGUUAAAGUUUAGAUGGAGCUACUUUAUGAUAUCUGCACAUUUUCCAUAGAGCAGUUGCCUGAUAAAUUGAAUCCACCUCCAUUUCAGUGUGUAGGGUGGACGGUGGACGGUGGACACCGCGGCUGCAUGUACCGUGAGAAUCCGGGGACGAGCCGGGGACGGGAGAGAACUGCUGGGGCUCAUCCGACUGCACUUACCUGUUCUCUUUCUUGCUAUUUUUUGUUGUUUGUUUCCUUGUGUUGACUUUGUCCCUGGCAUAAUUUCGACUCUAAGUAAAACAAGUCUCCUAAGUAUUGUGUAUGUUUAAAACAACAGAGCUAUUACUACAUUUGGGAAAAAAGAUUCAGUCUUAUCACACAUCCUUUCAAACAAAGAUCUCUCCAUGGUAUGUUCGACUUUACAGGUGUCAUCACCGGCUCUCAGCGCUGUCCGACCCGCUGUCUGCACAGUGAUGCUGAAGUUGCCCGGUCCUGGCAGGAGCAGCUGCGGGGAGCGUUAGCUGCAUGUUAGCAUGAGGCUCUUGGAAGCAGCGCCCUGCGGUUAAGCACUGGAAACAUCUAGGUCGUUUUCUGAUUUGCAAUAGGAAAUUCCUCUGACUUUCAGAACUGAAUCCAACAGUAAGGCUGGUUUCUCUUCUACAGAGAAGUGAAAGUGGGGGGAAAGGAAACAAAGGUGAGAGUAGACGUGGGAGGCCCUGCACAGCCUCAGCCCAGGCUCCGCGGGAAGAAGGCACUCGCCUCUCCAGAGUGUCGGGGUGGGGCCAAGCAGCAGUGCAAAUAGAAGGAGGGCGCUAGCCUUAUUGUGAAUUUUUUAAUGUCAUCAUCAUAACGUUAUUUAUUUAAAUGUAGUUAUUUUGGUAUUUAAUUUUUUUUAAAGAGAGGAAAAAAUACCUGUAUUUUCCUGGUAGAAUGAAAUGGCUCAGAAUGGUAUAUUUAGGCAAUUUAAAAACAUUUAUUAUUUACAUAAAGACCAAAUAUGAUAAAUCUGUUCUAAGUAUUGUGUGUCAAUCCACAGUAUGGCGCUGUCACAAUGUUACUGCAGAUAAUGCAUAUUAAAAAUUAUGAAAUUACUGCAAACUAGCUGGAUUUAUAACUCAGCCAUUUAAAAAAUAAAAGUGAAUCCAUCAUGUGAAUGA